AUGGAUUUCACUUGUGGUCCAACAUUUAGCCUCGCUCUGCGUCCCACGUGGACAAAGACACGCGCGCUCUCUCUCCCUCUGUCUCUCCGUCUCUCUUUGCCGUUUCUGGAGCCUCGCGGUCUCGCGCGCCGGCAGAAGGUUGAUCCCCUCUCCCCUCCGACCUCCGACCUCCGACCUCCACUCAAGCUCAAGCUCAAGCUCAAGCUCAAGUUUGGGCUCAAACAAGCGCCUAUCGCAGACUCAGAGUUGCUGAGUGGGCAAUUUCUCCACCCCUCUCCUCCACUAUGGCAACAGACUCCAAUGCAUCGACCCCAGCCAGCACGGGGAAAUUGUCUGCGUGUAGCUUGCCUCCAGACAAGGUCUUUUCCAUCCAGAUCGGUUCCGAGCUCUUUCGUCUCUCGGGUGCCUCAAUUGCCUCGGACGGUCGGUCCAGAAGCCCCCAGCUCUCUCUCCUCUCCUCCUGUUGGCGAUCGCAAAGUUAAACGGUUCCUCGGUCCUCUAGCGCCUUCGUACUUCUCUCGUUUCUUUGAAGAGCAGUUGCGAUUUGUGGAUUCCUCAAAUGUGCGAACCCUCUACAUCGACCGCGAUCCAGCGACAUUUCAAGAUAUCGCCCGCCACCUCCAAGGCUAUCAUGUUCAGCCGCGUGAUGGCACUCAAUUCGUUAAGCUAUUUGCCGACGCGCAAUUCUACACAUUGCCUCGAUUGAUGUCCCAGCUAUUUGAGUCGGAGAUUUUCAUCCAGAUUGGCGACCGCCACUUCCAGAUCCCUCGUGACAUCUUCUCCAGCCCUGGAGAUUCCCCGAAUUUCUUUACCCUAGGCUUUGGCGCCUUCUUUGCUUCACCCACCGAGGUCUUUCCCGGCCUUGACCGGGUAGGCCUGCUCCGACCCCCGGCGAUCGUUCCGCCCAGCGUUCCUAAUCGUUCUGCGGAGGUGUUUGCUGAACUGCUUCACCUUCUGCGCGGCUACCCGUUGCACAUUCGAAACGCGGAGCACCGCGCCGAAUUGCUUCGCGAUUGCCGGUACUUUCAUCUUCGUGGAUUGGAACAAAAAUUGAUUCCUCAUCACAUCAGCCACAACCCUUAUCGACAGAGACGCGAGAUUGUCGUCCGCCUUGAAGAUGUGCGUCCGUCGGGCAUUCAGUAUGCGCCUGAUCCAACCGGCCGCCCUGGGGCGGGUUUGGCAAUGUACGCGCGUCCAUUCGUCGAUGAUACACCGGCUGAUUUGGUCUUGGAAAUCCCGGACGCUUCGACGAUCGUAAAUCGUGGGCUGCGCCGCGCGGACUUUGUGGGACUGACAAAGUCCCGCAUGGCAAGCCUACUACAGGUAUUGGCCAAAAAGAUGAACCUGGAGAAUGGGCAGCUAGGUGCAAUCCCCAUGAAGGUGCGUUUGGACGCAGCGACGGAUAUGACAGUCGACGGAGAGGUCAACCCUACCGGCUUCGCCUCAUUAUUCUACUCGGUGGACGGUGAUGUGCCUCCUGCCAAGCGUCCGCGAACGGACGCACCUGGUGGAUCCAAUACAGAGACAUUCGUGAUCCGAACUGGGCAGUGGAGAUUAGAAAUUCAACAAGAAAACAAUGGGCAACACGAAGCCGUUCUGAUCGCGGUCAAGCUGGAGAUCUGGACCGCGGCCCGGGUUCGAAAUCAGAGUCAACGGUUUUUGUAA